CUGAAAACUCUGGAUCUGCGCCUGAAUCCAGUGACCAGACAGAACGCUGAUUACCGUCUUUUUGUUAUCCACAUGGCGGGUACAUUGGAAACACUAGAUGAGAGACCAGUGAGGGAGAGCGAGAGGAAAUCCGCAACCUUUACCUUCCAGAUGAAAUCUCAGGAGACAUCGGAGGCAGAGUCUGGGAGCUCUAUGACGAGCCCGUCACACAGCCAUCUUUAUGGGGAACAAAGGAGGAGCUAAAGUUCACCUUGAUUUCGGCUUGAGCAACAUGACUGAAAUGGGCAAGAAAAACAGUCAGGAACAUCAUUCCAGAGAUUAUAGCAGAGGCUCUUCUCCCUCUAAGUAUCAGCCUGAAGAGCACCUGUCCUAUCUGCAGCCACAGACUGACUUUGAAGAUGGUAUUGAGUACAGACCAUUGCCAUCCCCAACACGCUCGUCUCUCCGUUCCCCGGGCCCCUCUUCUCGUACUAAAGAAGGCCACCGCGUCACUUUUGCUGACUCAACAAUUUCAGAGUUUUUUGCAAAGCGAGAGGAUAUUUCUACACUUACGAAAAGCGAAGAAGAUAUCAACUCCACCAAAAAUCUGGGUUUUAGCUAUCCGGACAAAUUGGGGAUGCCAUUUAGCUUCAAGAAUUCCUACCUGACAUCUACCCCAGUAAGGAAGGAUGCUGCAGGCAGCGAGAGGAUGAGGACAAGCAUCCUAGAUGGGAAUGAAAGGAUUAGGUCUGGUGACAUCAAUGACUUCGGGCAAAGCUCAGAAACAAGAGACCGGAUUAAACCCUCACAUAAC